AUGGCCUCAGGAAAGACCCCAACCCCAGACCUGCUGAAGGCUGAGGAGCAGCAGACUGAGAGCGCUGUCAAUCGAGUCACCAGCCUGCCCUUGCUCAGCUCUGCCUUCAACCUGGUCUCCUCUGCCUACACCCACACCAAGGAGUCCCACCCGUGCCUGGGUGGUGUCUGCAGCGUGGCUGAGACCGUGGCUGCCGUGGCCGUGGGCAGCGUGGUCGGGGGGGCACAGCCCAUCCUGAGCCAGCUGGAGCCACAGAUUGCCCUUGUGAAUGAAUAUGCCUGUAAAGGUCUAGACCAGCUGGAGGAGAACUUGCCCUUCCUGCAGCAGCCAGCAGACAAGGUAAUCUCGGACACCAAGCAGCUGGUGACCACCAAGGUGACAUCGGCCAUGGACGCCGCCUGUGAGGCCAAGGAAGCAGUGGCUGAUAAAGUCACUGAGGUUGUUGGGGACAGUGUGAAGCUGACCAGGUCUGUGGUCACCUCCACUGUCAGCAGUGCUGUGGAGGCUGCCCAGGGUGCCAAGGAGCUGGUGACCAACAAGGUGACAGAGGCUGUGGAUGUCACCAAGCACAUGGUGGAGGACAGCGUCGACAAGACCAAGUUUGCUGUUGCCUCCACGAUUGUCAACGCUGUGGAGGCUGCUCAAGGGGCCAAGGAGCUGGUGAGCAACAAGGUGACAGAGGCUGUGGACCUCAGCAAGCACCUUGUGGAGGACAGCGUUGACAGGACCAAGUCUGCUGUGACUUCCACCAUCACUGCAGCUGUGGGGGCUGCCCAGGGGGCCAAGGAGCUGGUGGCCAACAAGGUGACUGAAGCAGUGGACCUGACCAAAGGGGCUGUUCAAGACAGUGUUGAGAAAACCAAAUCCGUGGUCACCGCUACAGUCAGUACAGCUCUGGAUGCUGCCUAUGGCACCAUCAGCAGCAAGAUCAACACAGCCCUGGAGCAGGGCAGGGAGGCUCUCCAGGAGGGUGUGGAGAUGACCAACUCAGUGGUGACCAACAGCAUAAGCAAAGCCAAGGCAGUGAGCCAGGCAGUGGCUGGAGGUGUGGAGUCUGUCCUGGGAAUGUCAGAAGAUCUGGUGGAUCAUUAUCUCCCAAUGACUGAGGAGGAGCUAGGUAACCUGGCCACCACGGUGCAGGGCUUUGGCGUGGCCUCGGUGGAGGAGCAGAAGAGGCAGAGGAGUUACUUUGUGCGCCUGGGCUCGCUGUCGGGCAGGAUCCGGCACCGAGCCUACCAGCACUCCCUGGCCAAGCUGCAGAGCUUCAGGCAGAGCACCCAGGACACCCUGGCACGGCUGCAGCUGGCAAUAAAACUGAUUGAAUCUGUGAAACAGGAGGUUGGCCAGAAGCUGCUGGAGGGGCAGAAGAAGCUCCAUCAGCUGUGGGUGGACUGGAGCCUGACCCAGCCCAAAGGAAACCAAGUCAGAACCGCGUGCCAGCCAGAGGUGGAGCCGCGCACCCUGGCCAUGCUCAGGAUCAUCACCCAGCAGCUCCAGCCCGCCUACGAGCGCCUCCGGCUCAGCACCCACGGCCUCCCCUGCAGCGUCCAGGAAGCCGUGGCUCAGGCCACUCGACACAUCCACAAGCUCCACAGCUCCUUCUCCAAGGCCGUGUCCUUCCAGGACCUCUCCAGAACCACCCUGGCCCGCAGCCAGGACCGUGUGGCAGAGGCCCGGAGGUCCCUCGAUGUCCUCUUGGAGUAUGUGACUCACAACACCCCUCUGAACUGGAUUGUGGGGCCCUUCAGGGCCAUGGCCAAGGGGACACAGGAUGGCAGAAAGCACGAGAAGAAAGAGAGGAGUGACAGAAAAUUACCUGAGUUGGAAAAGGCUCCACUAUCACAGGAGGCGACAAAGGCACCUGAAGAGCCAAAGGGAACCAACAGGCUCUCAGAAAAAUGGUGUGAGGUGCUAGACAAGCUGGAGGAGAAGGUGGGGAAGCCAGAGGAGAAGGCAAGGAAGGACACAGAGGUGGCCCUGGCUGCAAAGGAGAUAAAAACCAGUGCACCAGAGGAAGAUCUCUGA